UCCAAGGCAUAACCUGGCCUCGAAUCUUCUCUGAGCUAGUCCUACGCACGAUCGCCGGCCGGCCGGGUCUCCGUUCCUUGAGCUCGAUCCUGCCGCACCAAUUGAUCACAUUGAUCACAAUCCACAGAUUGUCUUUUUCUCCAACCGUACGCAUCCUUCUUCUUCCUUGGAAAUUUGAAUCGCUGCUGCUUGAAACGGGAUGGAGUGCGCUGACUUCUUGAUCACCACGGGCCGUCAUCGCUCUUCGUUGUCAUCGGCGUGGAAGCCAGCGAAGCAAUGGCGCAAGGCGAUGAACGUGAUCCGGACGUGCCACAGGCUGGCGCGCCUCAGCAUUCUCUCCACCGGCAUCCUUCCGCGCAGCCCCUCCUACGUCGCCAUCAAGAUCCACCACGACACCGAUUCCGACGCCGACGCCGACGCUGACUCAUCCGGCAAUGGCACCUCCAAGGCCGCGGUGUUCUCCGUGGCCGCCGACGACGAAUCCUUCAAGGGCCUUGUCAAGGAGAAGCGCGAGGACUGCUUCCACCGCCUGGGCGGCGGAGGCGGCAUCGCGGCGGUGCUGGGCUCCAACGCGGAGCGCGGCAUCCGCGGCGACCCCGGCGACGUGGGCCGGCGCAGGGAGGCCUUCGGCGUGAACACGCACCCGAAGCCCAGGCCCAAGAGGUUCCUGAGCCACGUGUGGGAGGCGCUGAGCGACGUGUUCCUGAUCGUGCUCCUGGUGUGCGCCGUGGUGUCGCUGGGGUUCGGCAUCAAGGAGCACGGGCUCAAGGACGGGUGGUACGACGGCGUCAGCAUCUUCCUGGCGGUCUUCCUCGUGUCCGCCGUCUCCGCCGUCAGCAACCACAGCCAGGCCAAGCGGUUCGCCAAGCUGGCCAGCGAGUCCGACAACGUGUCCGUCACCGUCGUCCGGAACGCACGGAGGCAGGAGGUGUCCAUCUUCGAGCUCGUGGUCGGAGAUGUGGUGGUCCUCAAGAUCGGCGAUGGCGUCCCUGCGGACGGGGUGUUUCUGGAAGGGCACGGGCUGCAGGUUGACGAGUCGAGCAUGACAGGCGAGCCCCACCCGGUGGAGAUCGACGCCGAGAAGAACCCCUUCCUGGCGUCCGGGGUCAAGGUCGUCGACGGCUACGGCCGGAUGCUGGUCACCGCUGUGGGCACCGACACGGCCUGGGGCGAGAUGAUGGGCACCCUCACCAAGGAGCCCACCGACCCGACGCCUCUCCAGGAGCGCCUCGAGCGGCUCACUUCAGCCAUCGGCAAGAUCGGCGUCGUCGUGGCCGUGCUCGUCUUCAUCGUGCUCACCGCGCGCCACUUCACGGGCAGCACCAAAGACGAGCAAGGGAAGCCGAUCUUCGACAAGGGACGCGUCACCUUCAACGCCGUCUUCAGCGGUCUCGUGGGGAUAUUCCAGCAGGCCGUGACCAUCAUCGUCGUGGCCAUCCCCGAGGGGCUCCCGCUGGCCGUGACGCUGACGCUGGCGUUCUCCAUGAAGCGGAUGGUGAGGGAGCACGCGCUGGUGCGCCGGCUGUCGGCGUGCGAGACCAUGGGCUCCGUCACGGCCAUCUGCACCGACAAGACCGGCACGCUCACGCUGAACCAGAUGAAGGUGACCGAGUUCUGGGUCGGCACUGAGCAGCCGAAAGCCCCCGUGGCGAGAGCCGUCGCUGGGAGCGUGGUCGGCUUGCUGUGCCAGGGAGCCGGGCUCAACACCACCGGCAGCGUGUACAAGCCGGACAACGUGUCGCCGCCGGAGAUAUCCGGCAGCCCCACGGAGAAGGCGCUGCUGUCGUGGGCCGUGGAGGAGCUAGGCAUGGACGCGCACGCGCUCAAGAGGAGCUGCGAGGUGGUUCAGGUGGAGGCGUUCAACUCCGACAAGAAGCGCAGCGGCGUCAUGGUCAGGGACAAGGCCACGGGCGCGGUGACCGCGCACUGGAAGGGCGCCGCGGAGAUGGUCUUGGUCAACUGUUCAAUGUACGUGGACGCGGAUGGCGCGGCGCGGCAACUCGGCGCAGAGCAGAGGAGGAGUCUCCAGAAGGUCAUCAACGACAUGGCAGCGGGCAGCCUCCGGUGCAUCGCGUUCGCCUACAAGCAAACCAACGGUGAGCAAUCCUCAAAGAUCGACGACGAAGGGCUGACAUUGCUGGGCUUCGUCGGGUUGAAAGACCCGUGCCGGCCAGAGGUGAAGGCCGCCAUUGAAGCUUGCAAGAAGGCUGGCGUGGCCGUCAAGAUGGUGACCGGCGACAACAUCCUCACAGCCCGCGCGAUCGCCAACGAGUGCGGCAUCGUGUCCGGCAACGACCCCGAGGGCAUCGUCAUCGAGGGGCACGAGUUCCGCGCCAUGUCGCCGGAGCAGCAGCUGGAGAUCGUGGACAGGAUCCGCGUCAUGGCGCGGUCGCUGCCGUUGGACAAGCUGGUUCUGGUGCAGCGGCUGAAGCAGAAGGGUCACGUGGUGGCCGUGACAGGGGACGGCACCAACGACGCGCCGGCGCUCAAGGAGGCGGACGUCGGGCUGUCGAUGGGCGUCCAGGGCACGGAGGUGGCCAAGGAGAGCUCCGACAUCAUCAUCCUCAACGACAACUUCGACACGGUGGUGACGGCCACGCGCUGGGGCCGCUGCGUCUUCAACAACAUCCAGAAGUUCAUCCAGUUCCAGCUCACCGUCAACGUGGCGGCGCUCGUCAUCAACUUCGUGUCGGCCAUCACGACGGGCAAGAUGCCGCUGUCCACCGUGCAGCUCCUGUGGGUGAACCUCAUCAUGGACACCAUGGGCGCGCUGGCGCUGGCCACGGACACGCCCACCAAGGCGCUCAUGGACCGCCCCCCCAUCGGCCGCACGGCGCCGCUCAUCAGCAACGCCAUGUGGCGCAACCUCAUGGCGCAGGCCGUGUUCCAGAUCGCCGUGCUGCUGGCGCUCCAGUACAGGGGCCGCGACGUCUUCGGCACCGACGACAAGGCCAACGGCACCAUGAUCUUCAACGCCUUCGUGCUCUGCCAGGUGUUCAACGAGUUCAACGCAAGGGAGAUCGAGAAGAAGAACGUCUUCGCCGGGAUGCUCAAGAACAGGAUGUUCCUCGCCAUCAUCGCCGUCACGCUCGCCCUGCAGGUGGUCAUGGUGGAGGUGCUCACCAGGUUCGCCGGCACCACGAGGCUGGGCUUGGGCCAGUGGGGCGUCUGCCUCGCCAUCGCCGCCAUGUCGUGGCCCAUCGGCUGGGCCGUCAAGUUCAUCCCCGUGCCGGACCGGACUCUCCACCAGAUCCUCACAAGCCGGAAACUCUCAUGAUUCAUUUGAUUCUGCAUUGUUCAUAUUUGACAUAGCUUUUAGGAGAUUCUUUGAUACAUUGUGUAUUACUAUAUAAUUCGCCGAAUCUUAAUAAUAUAUGUAAGUACUUGUUUUGUUCAUCA